UGGAGGUGGUCGUGUUUGUUGCACGAGACCAACCAUCCUUGCAUCCUCGACGCCCGCCUCCCCUCCCCGGCCAGCCCCAGCCAUCGUCGCCGAGCGCCAAGCCGACCCCACGCACACACCAUGGCGUUCGCUGCCCCAUCACCUACGCUCUUCGUCGGCAACCUCGAGGGCAAGACGAAAAAGCCAGAACUGCGGUCGCAGCUGUAUGCGCUGUUUACGCCGUACGGGCGCGUGAUUGACAUCGUCGCGAAGAAGAACGACGGCGGGCGCGGACAGGCGUUCGUCGUGUUCGAGGAGCAGGCUGCCGCGACGGCCGCGCUGCGCGGGCUGACGAACGAAAAGUUCUACCUGAGAGAUCUGCGUAUCUCGUACGCGCGGAAUCCGUCCAACGCGACGCUGGCACGGACAAACCCCGCGCUGUCGAAGGAGGCGGCAGCGGUCGCGGCUGCCAAGCUGGUCGUGUCGCACGCGCAGAGCGAGUACGAGCAGCUCGAGAAGGAGCGCGAUGCGGCCGCUUCGGGCGGAAAGCGCGAGCUUGAGGCCGGCGACGACCAGCCGGCCGCCAAGCGCGCCCGCCACGACGAGGACGAGGACGAGAUGGAGAUUGAGAUGGAGGACGACGACGACGUCGCGGGCGGUGGAGUGAGCGUCGUGUGCACCAACCUCCCGGCCGAGUGCAGCGAGGACAUCAUGGGCGCGCUGUUCAGCCAAUACCCAGGCUUCACCCGCGCAACGGCCCUCCCGGCCUCCUUUGCGACACCAGCAUCCCACCCCAAGCCCAACGCCGGCGCGCGCUCGUUCCGCGCCACGUUCGCGUCCCGCGCCCAGGCCGAGGCGGCCGUCGCGCCCCUCAGCGGGUACGUCAUGCAGCCUGGGUGGGAGAUGGCCAUCUCGAUUGAAUAGAGUGGAGUAGUGUGCAACGUUUGUAAUGCCGCGGCGCGCGGCGGUGUAUCACAUGCAUGGUGG